UAGAAGCUAUUUUCCUCCAGCUAUUUACAGCGAAAGGCAGGUGGAGUAGUGCGCUUUGGGAAUGGAAGGGAGGAGAGCAUCCUUCCCCGUUGUUCUCGCUGCGUGGGCAAAGUUGCUUAUUUGGACACACUCCUGCUGUGAUCCUGGUCUGGGUCACUGCUGUAUAUGUGUGUAUGUUUGAGUAUGAAAUGGGAUGUGGUCUGGUGAUGGGCUUACAAGUAUCUCAGUCUGUCAGGCGAACACCACGCGUCCAGGCGAGGUGGAGAAAAAAAAAGCAGAGGAGGAGGGGGACAGCUGAGGCAGACAAUGCGGUUUUGCGAUGCGUUUAUUCCUCCGUACAAAUGACACCCACGUCCACAUCCACGAAAACAUGGUGUGCCGAAGAUGUGUGAGAAGAAGUCUUCGUGAUUUGUCUAUUUUUUCUGUAUUUCUUUUGCCGCAUUGAACAAAUUCCUCCACGUUUUGACUGAGAACAGAAUUAGAGAUGAAAUUUCCAAUAGAAAACCCGAGGAAACAAGUUAACUGGGACCCUGAACAAGUGGCGGUCCAGACCAAUUUGGUCCCUCCCAAAAAGGUCCAGUCUGGCAUGGCGAAGUCCAGUCUGGUCCAGGCCAGCGUGGCCACCAUGCAGAACCCCAUGGGCUAUGACCCUAAAGCAAACGGUCACUGCCCCCUGCCACGCCUAUCCAUCUCCUCCCGCUCUGCAAGCGUGGUGGCCAGCAUGGAUACCAGCUUCGACGGCACGGCUGCGGCACUCCACUCAGUGAUGAAGUGGAAGACGGUGCUGGCAGUGUUCAUCGUUGUCGUUCUCUACCUGGUUUGUGGAGGUCUGGCAUUCAAUGCACUGGAGCAGCCGUUUGAGAGCGACCAGAAAACCAGCAUCACUCUGGAGAAGGCUUCGUUCCUGGAGAGACACCCCUGUGUCACUCCUAAUGAGCUGGAGGCGCUGAUCAAGCAUGCCAUAGAUGCUGUGAGUGCAGGAGUGAGUCCGAUUGGAAACACGUCCUACAAUUCCAGUUACUGGGACCUGGGCAGUGCCUUCUUCUUCGCUGGAACUGUCAUCACAACCAUAGGUUAUGGAAACAUAGCUCCGAGCACGGAGGGAGGGAAAAUCUUUUGCAUCCUUUAUGCCAUAUUUGGCAUCCCUCUCUUUGGUUUCUUGUUGGCGGGGAUUGGAGACCAGCUGGGGACCAUCUUCGUGAAAAGCAUCUUGAGAGUUGAAAAAAUAUUCAGGCAAAAACACAAACAGAUCAGCCAGACUAAGAUCAGAGUGACGUCAACCAUCCUGUUCAUCCUGGCCGGCUGCAUCGUUUUUGUCACCAUCCCUGCUGUCAUCUUCCAACACAUCGAGGGCUGGACCACACUGGAGGCCAUCUACUUUGUUGUGAUCACUCUAACCACAGUGGGAAUAGGAGACUAUGUUGCAGGUGGAAACAGUACGAUUGACUACAGGAAGUGGUACAAGCCUCUGGUGUGGUUCUGGAUAUUGGUGGGUUUGGCGUACUUUGCGGCUGUGCUCAGCAUGAUUGGAGACUGGCUCCGACUACUGUCUAAAAAGACCAAAGAGGAGGUUGGGGAGAUUAAAGCUCAUGCAGCUGAAUGGAAAGCAAAUGUUCGAGCAGAGUUCCGUGAAACGCGGCGGCGUCUGAGCGUUGAGAUCCAUGACAAGCUCCAGCGGGCUGCCACCAUCCGCAGCAUGGAGCGCCGUCAGCUUGGCCUGGAGCAGCGAGCUCACUCCUUGGACAUGCUGUCUCCAGAGAAGCGUGCCUUGUUUGCCAGCCUGGAUGCUGGCCGCUUCAAGACUUCGUCCCAGGAGAGCAUUGACACCAAGCUCAACAACCUGAGGCAGAAGGGGGCUUGUGAGCCAUACGAACAGGGGAGUGAGCAAACUCAACAGACAGCGUCUUCCUCAGAGGAGAAUCUCUUCAACCUGCGCUUUGGAUCCCUCAACAAGCUGGCCAGACGCAACAAGAACCGUGAGCUGCGGAGGAACAUUACUGAAGACGCACGACGGGCAAGCCUAGGCAUAAACAAUGGCAAUGUCAUGCUGGGUGAGGAGAGGACAGAAGAAGAAGAAGAAGACGGGGAACCAGAUGAGGAGAGCGGAGAAAGAAAAGAGGGAAACACCAGUCUGACAAACCUGUCACAGUACACGAAGGAGCGCGCCAAGUUGAAUGGGUUCAUAUCAGUAGAGGCCAAAGAUGAAGAAAAUGAUUAGAUACUGAAUGGAAGAGCACUUCAGAGACAGAAACAGAGUGACAGAUACAGAGACAGAUACACAGAACAAGAGUGCAUGGUCCUUUGAGAUGUCAAGAAAUGUGCCUUGCUGUUUCCUAUGCUUAGAUUGGAACUGCUCCCAGGAAAUUCAGUCAUCGUGCCAUAGCCAUGGGAAGAAAAUGUGUUGCCAAAAAUGAAUGAAUUGAAGAGACAGAAGAGGCUGUAUUUAAAUACCUCAUAUUGGAUGUUACUGUGGAACGGGCUACUUAAGAACUUUUCUACAGGAGCCAUCUUUUCAACCCAGAUGAAUCUUAUGAGACACUUGGGCAACAGCUGUCCGCUAAUGUUGGAUCUUUUUUUUAACAGUGUGGGCAGGACUUCCCGAGAGCUAGCUUCAUGUCAUCCAUCUUCAGAAACAUUAUCGAUCUCCGCCUUGUCAUCUCAUACUGUGGUAGCUAUUUUUAGCUCAGUGGCCUCUUUGCUACAAAGGGAUUUCCACGCUUAUUGAAUGGAGGGUGGGAGGUUGUGUUUCUGCUGGAUCAAUAGACAAUACGAGCAUUUACCUUGCUGACAUGUACAAUUAUUCCUACGUGGUAUGUGACUUUGAAAAUGUAGCCCUAGGGCAUAAACUACUGCAUACUAAAAGCUUAUAAAAACAAACUACUCUCAUUUAUUGUGCAUGGUUAUUAAAACACAACCAUAGCAGUUAAUUGACAUAAACUAACCCGAAAGCUUGGAAUUACAGCUGUACUAAUGUUCCUUUUUCGUUUUAAUAAAAUCAAAUGUACUGCUUUCAUUCGUAUUUGAUGAAAAAAAAAAACUGUUAGUGUCAGUAAUGAUUGGCAUCAUUUUCUGAAUUGUGUAUCAACACUGAAUUCACCUGACAGACACACGUUUAAUCACCUUUGGCCAUGAGAUUGUCAGCAAUGUUUUUUUUUAUAUGACAUUUAUUUUUUAUCACAAAUGUUUUGACACUGCUUAAAUGACUUUUUAAUUCAUGAAUGUGAUGAUGUUUGAUUUUGUACUCACCAAGCAUGUUUGCAUCUGUGUUUUCUCCUUUUUAUAUCAGCCAAGCACUUGAGUUGAAUUUUCCAUUGAACUGUAAAAUACGAACUAUGAAAUAUGUCAUGUUUUUCUUUUUCCUUUAUGUUUUCUCAAUGUGUUUUCCUUUAGUUCCAGGAGGCAGGGGCGUCUGACUGUGGGUUAAAAAUGGACUGAGUAUACAGGGCCCUCACGUGAUGAUGGCCCACAGAGAUACUAGAAUGAAUAGCCAUUGUACAGAGUUCAAAGUAUUGUGCUACGCUCCUGCCUAAAGUUUUACUGACACAUGACCAUUUUUAAACUUUAUUUACAUUUUACAAACAGGCACUGACAAUACUAAUUUAAGUUUUACAGAAUUAAAAGACAUCACUAGCGUGCACUGCACUGCAUGCAUUUCUAGAGCUGAACUAGACACACACACACACACACACACACACACACACACACACACUGGUUGUACUUGUAACCUGUUGUUUAUCUGAUAUGAAUAUCAUUAACCUUUCCAUGACCAUGACCUGUGAGCGAUUGUGUUGUGUACAGUUUAUUUUAUGAACAGAUCACAUUAAAUGUAGUGAGUGCCUUUUUCCAGAUAAUAAACAUGAAAAAAAAAGAAAUUUAAAAAGGUGGUAGUUGCUAUAUUCCUAUACCAGCAUUAACAUAAUAUGUCAUUACACAAAGGUGGUGUAUUGGAAGAACAUGGAAAUUAUAUUCCAGAAUUAAAGCCAUCAUAUGACUUAUCAUAAUAGAAAAAGCA